AUGAGAUUUUCAUUAGGGUUAAGUGAAAACACUCUUGAAGACAUCACUCCUUUAAAUAAAGAUUUGGAAAUUAAUAAAAAUUCUAUUAAUGAUCUGGAUAAUUUUCAUAUUUCUUUAAGAACAUUCUUGUCAUCUGGUAUAAAAAAAGACUAUAAAAGAUCAAAAUCAAGUUCUCCAAGAAAACCCCUUCAAUUGAAAAAAAAUAUAAAUGAUGAUAAUCUUUUUAAUAUUUCAGAAGGAGUUAAAAGUAUACAGAAUGCUCCAUGUGUUCAAUUUUCUACAGCAAAAAUAUUACCAUCAAAAAAAAUAUAUUCUGAAAGUGGAACUUUAAAGAAACCAUGGACACCACAACGAAUUAUUUUACAGCAAGAAAAUGAAUCUCUCAAGAAAUAUAUUAAUGAACUAAAGAAAGCACUUAAAGAAAAAAAAGAAGACUUUGACAAUAAUGUAGAUAAUAAUAUUAUAAAAAAGUUACGAAAUCUUGUAGAUUUUGUUCAAAUAGAAUCAAAUAUUUAUUUGAAAACAAAAGAUUCUGAACUUAACAAAACACUAAAAGAAUUUGAAGAAAUCAAGUUGGAAAAUGAAAAAUUAAAAAAACAAAAUUCUUAUAUAUUGGAAAUGUGGAAACUAGAAAAAGACCGUGUUAAAAGAAGAGAAAAGCAAUUAGGCGUAGAACAAAUGAAAAACAAACAAAUUUCAGCUCAAUUAGGAAUAUUAGAAGAAGCAAUGAUGAACAACUAA